GGAGAUGAUGGACAGUAGGGUUUUAGAGCACCACCAUGCCCAGUUUGGAGGUUCCUUGGCCAGUAUGGUGGGCUUCCAUUACCCCCUGACACACCACCAUGUGUACGAGCUCGCCGGCCACCAGUUACAGUCAGCCACUGUGCCGUUCACCAUAGACGGAUUACUCAGCAGCUCCUGCACCGCUUCCGUGGUCAAUCCGUCCCCGCUGAUGCCUUCGGCUUGUAACGUGAACGGGGAGAGCCACUCUUUCAAACUGUCAGACGCUUCGGAUCCCGAUAAAGACACGCCCGGGUGUAAGAGGAGAAGAACUCGGACCAAUUUCACGGGUUGGCAACUGGAAGAAUUGGAGAAAGCCUUUAACGAAAGCCAUUACCCCGAUGUCUUCAUGCGGGAAGCCUUAGCUCUGCGGCUGGACUUGGUAGAAUCACGCGUUCAGGUCUGGUUCCAAAACCGCAGAGCCAAAUGGCGAAAGAAAGAGAACACCAAGAAGGGACCGGGUCGCCCGGCACACAACUCCCACCCCACCACCUGCAGCGGGGAACCCAUGGACCCGGACGAGAUAGCCCGGCGAGAGAUGGAGAAACUGGAGAAGAAGAAGAGGAAACAGGAGAAGAAACUGCUCAAAUCCCAAAGCAAACUCCUCCACGGGGACCAGGCGGGGGACUACUCCUUGAUGUCCUCGGGGUCAGAGUCUGACAGCAGCCAAAUGAAGUUCCCUCAAUGUCGAGAGCUCACCAUCCGGGCUGAGCCCGGCCAACAGCGCUCGCCCUCGCCCUCGCCCGGCCAAAGGGACCCGAGCCAAGGCGACUGUGAGCCCCCCAGCGGCCCGAAGCCGCCCCCACCACACCAAAGAAACGGGGACGGUGGCCCCCCGCCCCUCCAGAGCGAUGCCCACCCAUCGGACGCCGACUGCGAGGCGGAGAACCCGCUCCACGACCACAGCCACCACUCGUGUCCCAACAGGAGCGCCUCCAACUUGCCCAAGUGCGAGCAGAAAACCAACCCGUUCAGCGUGGAGAGCCUCCUGUCAGACUCCACGCCGCGCAGGAAGGUCCACUUCGACUUCCCGACCUUACCCAACCCCAGAGCGGUCAUUGGCAAAGGACAUUUCCUCUUGUACCCCAUCACACAGCCUCUCGGCUUCAUUGUCCCCCAAUCCAGCAUCAGGACCUCACCCGCCCAACUCACCCAACCCAACCAACCCCCAACCUCGUCCGCAGCAGCCACCACCACGCUCCCGCCAGCCAGCCCAGCCACAGAGCCGGCCCACCACCAGCACCACCACCACAACACCGCCUAUCCCGGGACGCACUCAAACUCAACGCAAACCGCUUGUCCCGGGACAGACUCCAGCCCGGCUCAGCCCGCGACGCCUCCCCAACCAGCACCCGUACCGGCACAGGCACAGGCACCGGCACCGGCACCGGCACCGGCACAAGCCACAAGCGGCUACCCCCAGCCUAACCCGAACCAACCCGAUCCCCAGUAUCCCGAGCCCAACCAAAAGCCUGUGGUCGCAGACAGCCAAGGCGAGCUGAGCCGGGAUAAGCCGGACUCUCCAGAGCCAGUGAAGGCCAGUUGCCCCGGAGAGCACAUGACAGAGUGCGAAGUUGUGAACAUGGACUGACUCGGGUCAGCCUCGGGAUAACUAACCAUUAUCCCUCUCCAAAGCGGACAUCAUCACAACACAGCAGACACACAGAAAUACCUUGUCCUAUAGCUCAUUACACAAAGAUUGUAUUGUUUUUUUGUUUGUUUGUUUG